CAGCUCAGAAGGGAAUUUAUCGGCGGAAGUGGACCGAUUCGAGUGAAGGUUAUACACAGCCAACAUGAACAUUUUGUACUACUUAUGGAUUGAGCAAAUAUUUAGACAGUUUUAAGAUGCUUUGCCAGCGGUUUAGAGUCCAAGCAGUUGUAUACUAGUGAUUACAGUCUUGAAAGUCUUGAAGCCGAUAUGGCGGGUUUGUCCAAUUAUGCACUGCGCAUGGCCCGGUUGAGCGCGCAAAUCUUCGGGAAUGUUGUGCGUACGACAGACUCCAAAUCGAUGAAAGUGGUUCAGCUGUUCCGGGAGCCUCCCAUGGCCAAGAGGAAGGAGGUCUAUGACUGGUACCCACAACACAAUGUUUACUACGCCAUGACCAAGAAGCUCAGGUUCAUGGGAUUGUUCAGGGACGAGCAUGAGGAUUUCAAGGAGGAGAUGCGUCGCCUGAGGAAGCUGCGAGGGAAAGGCGUACCAAAGAAGGGAGAAGGGAAGCGAGCAACCAAGAAGAAAUGAACAUUCCCCCUUAAAACAAGACUAUUGAAGCCGUUAUUUGUUUUAUGCUGCCGCUUCAUCAAUAACAGUUUGCUUCAGGUUAUGAAAAGUAAGAAUGCUGUCUCCAGGAAAAAUAAACAAUGGUUCACGUA